AUGGGCUCAUUACAGAAGGACGAUGGCCAGUACCAAGGUCUUGGCCAGGACUUUACGAAACAGGUUAUUGCAUCCAUGGGGAAAGAAACGAACCCAAGACUCCGUGAAGUUCUGGCCUCUUUUAUUCAGCAUAUCCAUGACUUUGCUCGCGAAGUCAACCUUACAACAGACGAAUGGAUGGCGGGCGUCAAUAUGAUCAACUGGGCUGGUCAGAUGAGCAACGACAGACGAAAUGAAGGCCAGCUACUCUGUGAUGUUAUUGGACUGGAAUCACUCGUUGAUGACAUCACCAACCGGGUGGCUACGAAGAACGGCGCGCCCGGAACGGUAACGGCAAUCUUGGGCCCUUUCUGGCGCGCGGACACGCCUGUUCGUGCGAACGGUAGCACCAUCGCUUUGAAGUGUCCCGAAGAUGGAGAGGUCGCCUUCAUGUAUGGUCAAGUAACGUGCUCCAAUACUGGAAAGCCUCUCGCCAACGCGUCAGUUGAUGUUUGGCAAGCGUCCACAAACGGAUUGUACGAGCAACAGGAUGCAGAUCAGCCGGAGCAUAAUUUGCGUGGAAAGUUCAUCACUGAUGAGGAAGGCCGCUAUGCGUUCUACUGCCUUCGGCCCACGCCAUACCCAGUCCAAUCAGAAGGAUUCAAGUCAGUGACGACACAAAUCUUUGACGAGGAUUCAGAUUACUUGGACAACGACUCCGUGUUCGCUGUGAAGGAUGGGUUGACAGUACAGUUUACUGAAAGGAAGGGCGAUCCCAAAGCCGCCAGAGAGCUCGAGUACAACAUCAAGUUGGUCUCUGAGAAGUAG